CACUAUUAAGUAUAAUUUUCUGUAUUGUGCUUUUAUAACAUUAUUGUGUUACAUUAUAAAUUAUAUAUGAUUAUAUAUUUCGAUGCAAACAAUGUAAUACGAAAACGUAAAUUUUAUUUAGUCCAUAAAUAUGUUUGCAAAAAGCAAUGUUGAUCCUGAAUUAGAAAAGUUAAGAGCAGAAGUUGAUGGUCCCCCAAAUUUAGAUAUCGUAAUAUUGAAUAUUCGAAGAGCUACAACACGAAUUCAUGCUUCUUACUUGUUUGAACAGAUAGGAAAACCAACUUUGCAAAAAUUGUGUUUACAACUAAGUUCUACUGCUACAGGCAAAGCUUAUAAUGGAUGGCAAGAAUUUGCUGCACAUAUGGGUUUAACAAUGGAACAAAUACGUUGUAUAGAUUAUGACUUUAAAGGAUUGCAAGAUCCAACUUAUUAUGUAUUAUUAGCUUAUGUGCAACAGGUUGAUGCAACUAUAGAUAAAAUUCUAAGUGUUCUGCAAAAAAUACAUCGUUUUGAUGUAAUUAAUGAAAUAAAAGAUGAUGUUUCUGAUCUAAUUGAUGGACUUUCACAGAAUAUAGAUGAAUUAACUAUAUUAAGGCCAGCUAGUAUCCCCAGAGCCCCAUUAGUAUUAACUCCGAUUAACUUUGUAAAAGAAAUACAAAAAUGUAAAAUAGUCUCUGGUCAUGUUAUACAAAAUAAUUUACAAAAGACUAAAAAACUAUAUGGCUGUAUAGUCAUGUUAACAUUUGCUGAUGAUGGUUUAGAAAUUGCACAACAUGUAGCAAAGAUCUUCAGGUCAAAGGAGCCUAAAAUUGGUGUGUUAAUACUUCAGGAACAAGAAAAUUAUGUAUAUAGUAGAGCUGAAGAGUUUAUAGAUGAUUGUUUUAGACAGGUACAUUUCAUUAUACCUAUAUUAACACAAGGAUAUAUGGAGAGAAUAAAUAAUCCUAAGAAAAUCAAUAUUGAAGAUCAAAAUAAGUUAGAUGCUAAGUAUGUAAAAUAUAUUUUUUCUUUGUUAAGAUAUGAGUAUGUGAGAAAUCAAUGCAUCAAUUGCAGAGUAAGGUGUAUAGUUUCUGACAAAGAUGUUUGUAUAGUUGCUAAAGCAAAUUUACAUCCAACAUUACAAGCAUGGUUCAGAGAAAGUGAUAUUGAUGCAUUUGUUGAAAAUAUUCUUUUACAAAGAUGUUCAAGAUAA